AUGCAAGCUCCCCGGACACCUGGGCCGUUCCAGCUCUGGGCUGUGAGGAUGCUCCUGUCCCUGGGGCUGCUCUUUGCUGCCCUGUCCUCGGGGAGCUGCAUCCCCCUGCAGCGGGCGCCCAGCCGCAGCAAACUGCUCCUGGUGUCCUUCGAUGGCUUUCGCUGGAACUACGACCAGGACGUGGACACCCCCAACCUGGACACCAUGGCUGCGGACGGGGUGAAGGCCAAGUACAUGAGCCCAGCCUUCAUCACCCUCACCAGCCCCUGCCACUUCACGCUGCUGACCAGGCGGUACCUGGAGAACCACGGCGUGAUCCAUAACAUGUGGUUUGACCCCAAAACUGGCGUGAAACUGCCCUACUACACCACACAAGGCAUAAGCAGCUGGUGGGACAACGGCAGCCUCCCCAUCUGGAUCACUGCCCAGAGACAGGGUUUGAAGACAGGCUCCAUCCACUUCCCUGGAACCAAGGCGAAAUACCAAAAGGAAGAAGUGUACAAGAAGCUGGUGGAACCCGCGUUGUUCAACUACAGCAACGAAACCAACUGGAGGCAGAGCAUCGACACCGUCAUGGAAUGGUUCACAGCGGACAACCUCGACUUCAUCACGCUCUGCUUCGGGGAGCCAGACUCCUCAGGACACAAGUUUGGCCCUGAAUCCACACAGAGGAAAAACAUGAUCGUGCAGGUGGACAGAACCAUCGGUUACUUGAGGCAGCGCAUCCGGGAAAGCGGCCUGGAGUCCAAGCUGAACCUCAUCAUCACAUCUGACCACGGCAUGGAGACCGUGCUGAAAACCGACGAGAUCCACCUCCGCACCGUCAGCAACUUCACCUUCAAGGACAUCGACUUCGAGCUCCUCGAUUAUGGACCAAACGGACUCCUGGUGCCAAAGGAAGGGAAACUGGAGCACGUGUACUCAGUCCUGAAAAACGCCCACCCAAAGCUGCACGUUUACAAGAAGGAAGAGUUUCCAAAGAGGUUCCACUAUGCCAACCAUUCCCGGAUCACCCCACUUUUGCUGUACAGCGACCCAGGCUACGUGAUCCACGGGAGGUACAAGGUCCAGUUCAAUAAAGGGGAGCACGGCUUUGACAACGAGGCCAUGAACAUGAAAACCAUCUUCCGCGCCGUGGGACCCGCCUUCAAGAAGGGGCUGGAGGUGGAGCCCUUCGAAAGCGUCAAUGUCUACGCCCUCCUCUGCGAGCUGCUGGGCAUCACCCCCGAGCCCCACGACGGCUCCCUGGAGGUCACCAAGCCCAUGCUGAGGGAACCCACGGACGGUGACAAUGGCAAUGACAACGGCAACGACAAUGACAACGGCAACGGCAAUGACAAUGGCAAUGGCAAUAGCAAUGGCAGCAAUGGAUCGGGUCCUUCUCUCCAUCCCAAGAAUCUGCCGCUGCUGCUGGGACUCGCUGUCGUUCUGGGAUGCUGGGGAGGAGUUUUCUAACCACCACCAGGUAAUCGACCCCAAGGACCCCUGGAGGGGGCAAACACCCCGGCAAACCGUGCCCCGUUUGGGCGUGGUCUCCCCGGGUUUCCCCGGUCUGUGGAGCCCCCCGAAACCGCUCCCUGCAGGACACGGCAGGGGCUUCACACCUCACACAGGACUCUGAGUUUUUCUACCCCGGUUCAGCAUCGGCACCACCCAGGGCACGGGCUGGGCUGAAGAGAAGGGGUGGGCACCCUCUUGGACCCUGUCACUGCCCCCUGUCCUGUCCCCUCUGUCCUCUGCGUGCAGCCAGGUCUGGAGCACGUCAUGAGCCACCACGAAGGGUGAAUCCUCCACUGUUGGUGGCUCUGCACAUGGCCGUGUGCGGCUGCCAGACCACAGUUUGUCACUUUACCUCCCAGUGCAAAUUUGCCCGGAGAACCACCAGAACAAGUAACUCUUGAUCCAAUUCCCUGGCACAACGCGCCUCCAGCCGACACCUGCAGGCUGCAGAGACCUGAAACGAGCCCCAGCAGCGCCGCUCUCCUGUCCUGGCAGCCCCCAAGCUCCAGGCAACUCUGGCAGCACACAUGGGGAAGGACAAGGCUCACCAAGACAACCAGUCCCAGGCUCGGGGACAGGACAGAAUUCCCAAAAUCUCUCUAAACUCCUGACCCACGCCCCUCCAGCGUGCCUGAGUUCCCGGAGGAGAAGCCUCUCCCGGGCUUUGGGGGACACGGGGCUGCACUGCUGGGGGAGGCGGCACUGAUCCAGCCUGACACGGUCACCCCGUGUUUGCAUCCCCCCAGGUGCGGGCGGCACACCGGCCCCAGGGCGGGUUUGGAGCAGUGACAGCUGCUACACUCCGAGUGUCCGUGCUAAUUAAAUCUGCUCCGACCAGCUGGGAGCCUCCCCUGGAAGGCGCCGGGCCCCACCCAGGUGGAGCCGCUCAGCCUGGACCUGCCCAGCCCACGGAGAGGUCCCGUUUGUCCCUGCUGGCCACAUGCAGGGCUGGCCAUGACACCCCCAGCCCCAAAACCUCGGAAGGGUCCCAAAGUCACUCAGCACUAACAGCUCCUGCCCCAAGAGCCCUGGGUGUGCUCAGCACCAUCCUGCUUGUCCUUCUGUGCUUUGUGGCUGUGGCCAAAGGGGGAAAUGCCCCCUGUGCAGGCCUGAGCAGCAAACCUGCAGGCAGGAUGGGCCUGGCUGCCCUGCUCCAUGGCUGAGACCUGCCCCAGCUGCAGCCGAGGCAGCUCAUGGGAGCUCUGGGAGAGGCACUGAUGUAUUUUGGAGAGGGAACAUGGCAGUGCCAGGGCCAGGAGCCCCCAGCUCACAGCAAACAGCCCUGUGACUCCUGAGCCAGGGGCUGGCAGAGCCUGGGCGGGUUGUGCCAGGCUCCCGGGAGCUCUCCCCAGCAGGGCUGAGGCAAAAGCCCCUGUACAAAUCCAAACCUCCCCGUGCAGGAAGCAGCCCAGGGCCCUUCAGCCAGGCUGGGGUUCUGGGGACAGGGAGCAAGACCCCCCUGUCCAGCAGCCCCCACUCCAGCCCUCCCAGCGUGGCAUUCCAGCACCCCCAGACCCCUCCCAGAUGCUGUGGUGCCUUUCCCCAGCCCUGUGCCUCAUCUCAGGGGCUCGAUAAACAUCUGUUGCCAUA